AUGGUGCUCCUUCUUCAUCUAACCACCAACGAAGCCUUGAUCCGGGCAGUUUACAACCAUAACAGCAUCAGUCAAGAUUUUGAAACUAUGAAUUCUGAUUUUGGCCCCGUGCUCCAAAGUGAAGGUCUUCUUGGAUACCUCAUUGAAGCCAAACCAGCCAAUGCUUGCCAACCGAUCAACGCGCCACCUCUAACCAACAGCACUUCGGUGACCUACGUGGCUCUCAUCCAGAGAAACGACUGUUCCUUUACCACCAAGGUUCUCCAUGCUCAGCAAGCUGGCUACCAAGCCGCCGUCAUCCACAAUGUCAAUUCCCAAGCCCUGGUCACCAUGUUGGGGAAGGAAGACUUGAAGCAUCAAGUCAACAUCCCAUCCCUGUUCAUAGGCGAAUCGGCCUCCAUCCAACUCAAGAGGAUCUUCCAUUACGACCGGACGGCCUACAUCAUCCUGAUUCCCGAGUGCCACUGGCUCUCCUGUUGUGAUCUCCAACACAACUGCCAACUCCAUCUCCAUCCGAUGAGGCCAAGGCAUUCUAAGCCGGCGUGGCCUUGUAUGUCCACUCGUUCCCACAUCUUUGGCAGCACGCCUUACCUGUUCAUUGGUUUCACGCUGGGCAUCUGGAUCCUGGCUUUCUACAUCCUAUGGUUUCUCUAA